CAGGCUCAUUUUAAAAUUGAAGAGAUUUCAUGUCCCAUAACUAGCUGAGAGAGAGGCAAACAGCAGAAAUCUGUAUGAUAGCAAUUGUGAAACAAGGCAGCCACCAGACAUGAUAUACCAUCACUUUUGUCUUUGGUAGAAUAGGGAGAUGAGAGCUUUGUUGCAAGGGUCCUUGCCUGCUGAGGACAAUGCCCACUAUGCAUUCUUGGGAUUCAAGCUGACCAAGAGAACUGUAGCCCUAACCAAGCAGAACAGGAGAACACGGUUCCUGCUUUGCCAGCUCUCCUGACUACAGCCCUACCUGUUGCCUCUGACCCCUGUUGUCAUGCCAAGAGGCCACAAGCAUAAGGGCCACUCCUGUGCCGAACAUCACCAGGCACGUAGGGAUAGCCAAGGUCACAAGAGUGAUCACCCUACUUCAGGCAGAGGGUCAACAUCCCUUCCUGUUAGCCAAUCUAAUUCCCCAAGCUUUUCUGGGGCUUCUACUCCUCAGGGAUCUUUGUUUCUUCCAUCUCCUGAUGCAGAUACAUCUAGCACAGGCUCUGGUUUAGGUGCUGAGGCUUCUGCUGGCAGUGGUGAUGCAGAAAGUCUAUGUACCCCCUCUUGCAGCUUUCAAGUAGAACCCACCACCCAGCCAAUAUGCAAAGAUGCUCUUACCAAGGAGGCUAGUAUGUUGGUAGACUUCCUGCUGGAGAAGUUUCAGAAGAGUGAGCAUUUUACAGAUGCUGAUAUGCGGAAGGUGGUCAACAAGAAAUACAAGAAACGGUUUUCUGACAUCCUGAGGAAAUCUUCCUCCCGUAUGGAAAUGAUCUUUGGAAUGCAAUUAAAGAAAAUCAAUACCAGUAAUCAAACCUAUGCCAUUGUCAGCAAGCUAGGUCUCUCCACUGAUGAAAUUCUAAGUGGCAAAAGGGGGUUGCCAAAGAUGGGUCUUCUGAUGACCAUCUUGGGUCUGAUCUUUGCAAACGGCAACUGUGUCACUGAGGAAGAGAUCUGGAAAUUCCUGAGGGUGUUAGGAGUAUAUGCAGGGAAGAAGCACUUGAUCUUUGGGGAACCCCGAAGGCUCAUCACCAGAGAUCUGGUUGAGCAAAAUUAUCUUGAGAUUCGUAAGAUAUCUGAGGGUAAAUCCCCAAGAUAUGAUUUCCUAUGGGGUCCCCGGGCCUAUAUAGAAGCCAGUAAAAUGAAAGUCCUAGAAGUUUGGGCUAAGAUCAACGACACCACUCCCAGCUUCUUCCCUGCUCUGUAUGAAGAAGCUCUUAAAGAACAAAUGGAGAGAGCAGAACUGGAAUCCUUAGGUCCCACAGCUGCAAUGGACAGGGUUCAUCCCAGGUGUAUGUCCUGCAGCUUCUCCCACAAAUAGCUGCAACGAAAGUUGAGCUUUCAAUUCCUGUUUGAAAUGUAGUCAGCCUUCUGUGUAGUGGAGUUUAUGGGUUACAGGAAUAAAGCUUAUAUUUUCUUUUAUUUGUUUAUACAAAUAAACAAAUAUGUUUAUGUAUAUUUGCUUUGGUGAACUGCAAAUGUUCUGCUGAUGGAAAGUUAAUUUGUUUCACAAUCUUUGUUUCUCGAUGCUAUGCUUCAUACAUCUAUUGCUGCAUUUCAAUGUUACAACCAAGUGUUCUGUUACUUUAAAAACAAACUGAAAAUUUUCCACAAGUUCCUUUUUAGUGUUACAUAAGAAAACAUGAAUUUGUAAAAGUUAUUCUCAUGGAAAUGUAAUGUCACACAUUGGUGAAACAAAUAGAGUAAUAAACUAGUUAGCUGUGUGAUUUUGUCUCUUGUUUGUAAUAUCUAUUGAGACAAGCUUGGAUUUGAUUACUCAAUGUAUGAACUAAUGGAUUAUAAUAAACUUCUUAUGUACUC